ACCACCGAGAUCGAAAUAUGGACGCCAUGUUUCGUCGUUUUUCUCAAAGAAGUGAAUAGAAAGCCAUUUUCAAAAAUAAAAUGCGUUUGAUUGCUUGUGUUUUGGUUUCACCUGUGCUGCUUAACUUUUAAACUCCAAGGGCCAUGGUAGUAGAAGGCCUUUGUGGGCUUGCAUUGACUUCUGCUGUAUCGAUGAGUGCCAGGGAACUGAGUGAGAAUGACGAUCUUGCAACAAACCUUACACUUGACCCAUACUUGGGGUUUACCACCCAUAAGAUGAAUCCUAGGUUCCGACCUGUUGGACCGAAACCAGAGGUUUUAAGAGAUAUUUUGCAAAGAUUCAAGAAGAAUAACAAUUAUGUGGAGGCUUAUGAAAGGUACAUGUCCGGUGAAUGGGCAAAGGUGCACUUCCUGAAUAAAUCAAAGCAGCAGGUUCGAGCCACCAAGGAGCAUAUUUUUCGUUACUUGGCAAUGUUUGAUGAAGAGGCUGGAUUUGAGGUUGUACCCUGUUAUCGUUAUUCUCUUGAGGGCGCUGGUGGUAAAAUACUAGCAACAAGGGAAUGGUACAAGAAUGACAAGAUUGAAUUGCUGGUUGGCUGUAUUGCUGAGCUGACAGAUGAAGAGGAGAACACGUGGUUGAAGCAGGGUGUUAAUGAUUUCAGCGUUAUGUACUCCACUAGGAAGAACUGUGCCCAGCUAUGGCUGGGCUCUGCAGCAUUUAUCAAUCAUGAUUGCAGACCUAACUGCAAGUUUGUCUCAACUAGUCGCAAUACAGCUUGUGUCAAGGUAUUGCGUGAUAUUAAAAAGGGGGAGGAAAUCACUUGUUUCUAUGGUGAUGGAUUUUUCGGUGAAGACAACUGCUGUUGUGAGUGUGAAACUUGCGAAAGAAGACAGAAAGGUGCUUUCAAGCGAAAUGAAACACUGGAGAAGACACCAGAAGGGAAGAGUAAUUAUCGUUUUCGAGACACUGAUGGACGUAUCUUGCGAAUGAAGAAAGAACAAAAUCCGGUCAGUCCAAGACGGUCUUUAAAUGGCACCACUAAAAGACCUAUAAGCAAAUAUGACAAACUAAGGAAUAGAGGGGAUGUAGAGUUACCAAACAUGUCAGUAUCACCAACAUCAAAAGAUCUUGUUGACGUAGUCGCGGAACGAAAAGGAAUUGCGCGAUGUGAUGCUCAACUGUUAUUGGCUGAAGGCUACAAACUCCCAGAAGCCAAACUCGUAAUUACGCCAACAAAAAUUAUACCAUCUAACACCAACAGUCUUCUUGAAAGUGAACCAGACUGUUAUCAACCCAAGCAAAACACAAUAAUGGACUAUCGAUUACAAAAUGUUUUGGAACAGGAUAGUGGUUGGCAGUCGAGUGGAUCGGAUAGUGAGAUCAGUUUCAAAUUCACCUCAUCAAAACAUUUAAAGCAAAGAAAACUAAAGAAAGCAAAACAUUCGCGAUUACACAUUACCUACGAAUCUGAAAUUUCAGACUGUGAGACAAAACUGAAAAUCAAAGGGAUUUCUAAACUGAAAUUUUACAACCAGGCAAGUAAUUCUUGUGGAAGCUUGAAAAAGAAAAAUGAAGAAAAGUCAUUUGAGCGAAACUGUGAAACAGACGGUGAAUCAGAUGGAAAUGAUGAUGAUAUUUUAUGCGAUCAUGAGCAAAGUGUCAGAAAACGACAACCAGUGCAUUACAAUGCAGAAUUGAUAAACCAAACCAGUACUAGAAUUCCCAGAUUGAGGAUAACAAUGAGAAACACAGACUCAAAAUUACUAUCCAAAUCAAAAAAUGAUAAAUACUCAACGACAGAUGACAACAAACGGGUAACACGGGGAAAAAAGAUUCCAACCCCCGGUACCAGAAGUGUAAGAAAGUCUACCGAAGAAUCAAAUAACUUUUCAAAUGAAUUUCAUACAAAAACAUUGACACCUACUAACGGCAAGAGACGCUCAUCACUAAAUUUCUCACCAAGACCAUCCCAGGUACAGCACCGCACAGGACGUUCAAACUCUGAAGAUUACAGAUUGUCGGGGAAGACUUUUGAUAUGGGUUUAACAUAUUCGUCUGUUGUCGACACGCCACAUACGAUCAAAUGUUCAGUAGAAUCACCAAAACCAAAGAAACGUAAAGCAAUCCAUCCGCAGAUGUUUGAGUAAUCUUGUCUCAGUAACCAUAUUCCAUAAAUCGGCGAGAUAUUCUUAUACCACGUUUAGCGGUUUUUGUAAGAUCAUCAGAGGAGGGGGAGGGGAAAGAUUUGUUUUCUUAUUAUUUUAGCAAAAUUGUUUUGCCAAAACAUCUAGGAGAUUACAAUUUUAUUUACGGAUAAAAAAUUCGAGUACAGUAUGUGGGGUUAAAAAAAAAUAAAUCGUAAAAAAUAAAUUUUAACAAAUCGUAAAUAAUGCAAUAAUACGAUGUAACUAAUCGGAUUGAUAAAUCUGUUAAAUUUACAUAAUUUAGAAAGAAAUAAAAAUUUCUUAUUAUUGGGAGAUUUCAAUUUGGUGUCAGGCCUUCCAUUUGGGUCAGGCCUUGCAUUUUAUGUUUGCAGUGGAUGCACUUAGUGGCCAAAAAUGAAAUUUCAUUUUAUUCUUUGUCAUCAUUGGUGCCUGGCGGGUUUGGAAAACAAGGUAUAAAAAAUUCUCACCUUAACAGGAAGAAAUCUUUGAUAUUUUUGUCAUUGUAGAUUUAUCUAUUAUCAAAAUGGGUGUGAUUGAACUUCUCUUUGCUUUAGUGGAAAAUUGUUUACACAUUUAGAAAAUUUGCUUAUUGUUUCUUCCGGCCCUAAACAGUCUUACAGUUCUAAAAAUCUUAGUGAAAUAAAAUGAAUUAAAGUAAUUGUGUGCAAACAGCUUAUCUAGCAUAUUGUGAUAUUUUGUCAGAAUAAAAAUGUUGGGAGGGGGUAUUGCAUUAUCUUGCCAUUUGUUCUGUUUCCACUGUAGUUUAUUUUUUAGAGAAGUCAGUUCUUUAUUCGUAAGGAGCAAAACAAUUUUUAAACCACCUUUUUGGGAAAAUGAAAAAUACCGCAUUAAUAGCAUAUAUGCCAUGUUUAUAGCAUAUUUAUGCCAUGUUACCAUAUAUGUCAUAUUGAUAGCAUGUAUGCCAUAUUGAUUGCAUUAGCAUAAAUGUAAUAAUGGUAGCAUUAAGCCAUAUUCAUAGCAUUCCAUUAUGUCAUAAUAAUAGCAUAUUUACCAAUGAUAGCAUAUGCAUCAUAUUGAUAGCAUACUUUAAAACAUGCCAUUGAUAGCAUUAUGUCAUAUUAACUGCAUAUAUGUCAUACUAUUAUCAUAUGUAUAUAUGCCAUAUUAAUAACAUACUGGUAUAUGUCAUAUUAAGAGCAUAUUUGUCAGUGCAUCUUAUUGAUAGCAUAUAUGCCAUAUUGAUAGCAUGUCAUAUUGAUUAUAUAUGUCAAUAAGAGCACACACACACACACACACACAUAAGACGUCAUAUGGAUAGGAUACAUGCCAUAAAUCCCAUAUUAAAUAACUAUCAUUGAUUAUAACAUAUACCAUCUUGCAUAUAGACAUAAUGAUAACACAAAUGCCAUGUAUUGUGUAUGUUGUAGUAAAGGGAACAUACCAAAUUUAACCAUGUUAGAAAUUGGUCACAUGUUUCAUGAUUUAACAUUAUUGUUGCACACAUAGGUAUAGCUUCUUUUUAAUUUUUAAGUACUGUACUCUAUUUAAGGUAGUCCUAUACAUGAUAACACUGUUCUUGAUAGUUGGACCCACAUGCAAUAGAGUGCCAUAUGCUGCAAUUAAAUUGCCACUUACAAAACAUUUUCUUUUUGAAAUAAAAUAGUCAAAAUAAUGUUCUUGGAAUCUGGGAGCAUGUAUUGUGCUUGAAAUGAAGUUGCCAGAUUUGAAUUAAGUUUGAUGAUUAGUAAAUAGGUAAAAGUUGAAAUUGUUUAAUUUUAUUUUGGGCUGGGAAAAAAAAUUCUCUACUGUGUUCAACUUAGCUUCUCUGAAUCAAAAAUUUCCUGGUACUGUAUAUGUAUGAUACAUUUUUGUGUUAUUACAUUUCUUUGCUGCAUGGAUAGAAUUCUUGAAAUUUUUUCAGCCACAAGCAUAUAGUUCCACUACCAGAGGCUGGCUUGCUUUCCCUGGAAGUCUCUAUACCCGAUUUGAAGUCUCCUUAGAGUAAGGUAGGCCUACACUAAAUUCAAAAUAUUAAAAUUUUAUUUUAAACCACCAUAGCAGAAUGGUGUUCAUUUUUAUGAUUUUUCUAAAUAGUGGUAAAAACCUAAUUAUUAAAAAUAAUGUAAAUAAAUGUACAUAUAUUUAUGAUGCUUGUAGGCUAAUGAAGGAAUCUAUUCCAUGUACAAAUAUUGAUUUUGAGUUAAUAGUUUGCCAGUUGUAUUUCCAGAGAGUCUGUAGAACCAUCAGAUGUCAACUUGGGAUAUGCAAAAACAUUCCAGGAACAUUGUCUAUUUAGUGGAAUAAAUUAAACUUGGAAUAUUUUUAA